AUGGGCUGGCAAUCCUCCGUUCUCCGAAAUGAGAGGGUGGUUUUCACCGGCCUCGGCUUCGUCACGGCGAGCCUGAUCAUCUUCGCCAUGAACACUUGGUUAGCAAGAUGGCGAGACGAGACCAUUGUCACUCCCAAUCCGCCCAAGACGCAGUACAUCACCCAGCAGACUGAAGACUCACUCGAAGAGAAGACAUUGGACACCUUGCUGGGCCAUUACAACCACGCCAUCAAGGAGACGGCUGCCAAGAUCAUCUGUGAUAGGGCUGCAAGUGACCCCAAAAUCCUCGAGACGUUGCUCCGGGGCAUCACCCGUCCGGAUUAUGACGAGCGUGUCAAGAACUUGAGGGCUCUAUCAAUCAUCUGCGUUCCCCGAGUCCUUCCUAUGCUUAACACCUGGAAAGCAUACUCCGCCAUAGUCCGGUGCCUUGAGCUAUCCCUGGACCCGGAGCAGGAGGUACUAGACAAUGAGGGGUGGGAUGAUUAUCCUUUAAGGGAUAUCACCGAGAAGAUUUGCUUCCUCUUUCUCGAUCAACUAGUUGGGAGCUAUGGGCCAGAGAUGCUGAUUCGCUCCAAGUUUGUCGAACGUUGGCUGUCCAAGCAGAAUUGGGGCAGGACCGAGGAUGACAGACAGCGCAACUUCCACAACUACAUGCUGUACAAGGACAACAAGAUGAGGAAGCUUGCCGAUGCGGUGCGCAAGACCGAGUUGGGCAGGGCCGUGCUGGUCAAGUGUGGUCUCUACACCCAAGAGGCGGCUGACGACUUUGCGGCUGAGCAGGCGGAUAACUUGAACCUCAUGGACACAAGCGGCGACCGGUAUAACCUUCUGCUCUCCAUUAACAUGGGUCGGGCUUCGCGGGCGCAGGAGACGAGUGCUGAGGAGCAGCGGAUUAGACAUCGGAAUCGCGAGGCUAUUGUGAUGAACGAUGGGACUAGACCGAUCGGAAGGGACGAUAUCAUCCACCGAUCUACGGAUUGGCAGGUUCUGGGAGAGCCUGGUCAGUCUUGA